CACCUAAACCUAGCUAACCUAGGCAGACAGCAGCCAUUAAUCACAUACGAUUCAAUUAAGAAAUUGCCCUUGUGAUGGUGAACAGCUUAGGCGAAGAGUGACAUCGUACCUUAGUGCCAGUUUUUGCUCUGGCUUGCCUUUUUUGCGCUGUCACGCCGCUUCUUGGAAUGCGUUCAACUCUUUUGGCACAUCGGCAAUGUGUAACCCUACAGAGGUGCCCUAUGGCAGCUGCAAGGCAACGAUGCGCACCCAAGCGCGUUGUUGCAUGUCCGGCACUACCUGACCUUCCUAAUAUCCAGGAGUUAUCGGGACACCCUGGCUUUUUAGCUGGUGCUCUGUGCAACAGUGCAGUGUUCGGUUUGGGAUUUAAAGUCCUACGGAAGGGGCUAACGGUUGCUGGUAUUGCGCACUCCUGGUUCCUUGGCACUAGCGUUUUCGCAGCCUUUGGCAUCGGUGGCUAUCUACUUGUCUGCAUCUACUUCAUCUUUGGCACACUGGUGACUAAGCUCAAGUUGGAGCAGAAGCAGAAGGAGGGCAUUGCUGAAGCACGGUCUGGGCAGCGGGGGCCGGGCAGCGUGUGGGGCUCAGGCAUUGCAGGGGUUGCAUGUGCGCUGCUGGCGCUCCUCACGGGCGACUACGACUUGUGGCAGAUCGGCUUCGUGGCGAGCUUUUGCAGUAAGCUGUCUGACACGGUGUCAAGCGAGGUCGGCAAGGCGUACGGUAAGACCACGUACCUCGUCACCACCUUUCAGCGGGUACCUCGCGGCACCGAGGGCGCUGUCAGCCUGGAGGGUACCGCAGCGGGUGCAGCGACGGCGGUUCUCUUCGCUGCAACGGCCCUUGUGGCAGGCCAGGUGCCCGACCUACGGUCUGCUGCGGUCGUGGCUGCGGCUGCAACCAUCGCCAACUUCGCGGAGAGCUACCUUGGGGCAAGCUUGCAGGGCCGCGUGGCGUGGUUGACAAAUGACGUCGUUAAUAUGCUCCAAAUCAGUUUUGCGGCCUUGAUCGCGGUGGUCGCGCGUCUAGUGCUAUUUUAAGCAUGUAUGCAGCUGCAGGGGUGCAGCGUGGCAGGAGGCGGAGUGCCGGUUGCGCCGGCGUGUGUUUUCACGGUGUUUGGGGGCUCAGGAGGCUGUAUCCUUGCUACAUAGCUGGCACGGACCUCAUGGUGUACUCCAAAACCUGACCUUCUUUCUACCUAGGCAGGCUGUGCUCUUCUUCUGGACUUGCAGACGUUUUUGCCGUGCAAUCGUGCAUGGCUUCGUGGCACUCGCACUGCUAUUAUGCCCCCACGAAUAAAGCGGGAACCUUCCUUCUAUGCUUAAGCCUUGCAUCGAACAAAAUGCAGCUUCACGGUUUAGCGCGGUCGUACAGAUUCUUGGCAGGCGCUUUGUGCAGCCCUGUACCGGCAGACGGAGUAUUGCUCAAGUUGAUGUGAUGUUUCAGUACAGUACUCAAGUUGUUCGACAAGAACAGUUGUCGCUCUGUUGCUGGACGUAGUUCUAUUGCGGCUGUUGGGAGGCUGCCCUUGCAACUGGGUUGUCCACUAUCCCUAGACUGCAGUACGCUAUCGGGGUUGUUGGUUCGUACUGGUAAACCUCAAGACGAUUGUCGGCGCUGCAUGGGUACAGCUGCAUGCAGGGAGUAAUGUAACGAAUUGACU